UGCACUCCAGCUUGGGUGGCAGAGCAAGACUUCAAACAAAACCUAAAAGAUAAACUACAUUAUGAGGCAGGAUAUGGGGAGAAGGUUGAGUCUUGGGCUCAUCCUCUUAGCCCAUCACUUCCUCAUUGUGUGAUAUAGGCAAGAAACCUGCCUUCAUGAGCCUAAGUUUCUUGCCCAUAAAAUGGAACUAUUAAUAUAAAGUUCUUGGGGUGUGGUGAUGGUGAAAUGAAUGACAAAUGUCUGGCAAGGUGGUAUAGGGUUAACACAGGACAACUAACCGAGUAAUUCUUCCACCCCCAAAAGACAGUCCAAUUUUCCCGUUUGCCUCUUGGUCCAGGUUUAUUCCCAGGUCUUGCAACAUAUUUGGUUCAGACUGAGGAAACUGUGGACCCUUACUUACCUUGCAUAGCUUCAAAAAGUUCACGGCCCAGGAAAGGACCACUGCUUUGGGAGGCCGUUAAUGUCUUUCACCCCCUGGUGUUUGCCCCAAGCCUCCAAAGUAGAUAGCCACCCUCUCCCAUCUUGCUUGCCUUCUUCUACACUUAGACUAUUUCUCCCUGGUUCUUUGACUCCUUUGGAGAGACCAGCACAAAAUAUCCAAACCCCUUUUCUCAGCCCAAACCAGGCACCGAGCCUGUUUUUUAUUCCAGGAGUGCUCUACUGAGAUGACUGACUCUGCCUUUAGCCCUGUGAUGUGCGGAGCUUCUGCUUUGCAUGAAAUUAAUCUGCUUUAAGCCUAUGUCUCAUCAAGGGGCUUCCCUCUCUUAAGUUUGGGGGCAUGGAUCUCACCUGUGUGGCAGGUGUGCUGAGGUGGUAGGUGUGUGGAAAGUGGUGAGUUUUAGCAGCUUAGUGCUCCUAUACAUCAUCUGGGAUCAUUUUAGGGGACAUUCUAUUUGCAGAAAUCUUCAGAGGAGGAUCUGAGUAAAGACUUUUUAAGAGAGGACAGCUGCUGUGGGCUUCAGUGCCAGCAGCCCAUCCAGAGUCUCCAGCCCUGGGUGUUGAGACUUUCCUUGCUACUCCGGCACAACCACUUGCUCCAUUUAACUUUUCUUUCUCCAGAUGUUCCUGUCCCCCCAAGUGCUUUUAUCUACGGGCUGCAGAGUCUGGUGAAAGGAAUGCCCUUGCUCUUUUAGUUUGCCAACAGUCCUCAAAAUGCAGGCCUAGAGUAGGCCCAAAAGUCUAUGCCAGUUCCAGCCAGCAAAAAAGCAAAUACACUUUGACCCAUUGUUGAAAUUUUACCUGGAAAAGUUUUUCCAUUUUAGGGUCUUUCAUCUUUUAUUAGAUACCUUCUGCUUAGGGACAGCAAAAAAAGUUUCCAAUUACUGCCAACUCCUACUGAUUGACCUGGAAUGUUUCAAGAAGCUGCUCAUGUAUCUACACCCUCUUUCUCCCAUUUCAUCCUAGGCAUUUGCCUCAGAAGCAUACAAUCGCUGAAAAGUUGUAUCCAGUUACCAAGCUCUCAGCUAUCAAUCUGCUUGUCUCAUUUUCUUCUUGUAAAUUAAUCGUUUGAACCCCCAAAGUGAAAGAACAGGAGACUAAAGCCCAAAGAGGGGAAGGGCUGGCCUAUGGGCAGUUGCACUCUAGACCCCAGGCUACUGCUUCCCAGCCAAGCAUUCUGUCUUACGGCUGAAACUGUUAAAGCCUACUUAGGCCUUCCUAUGGGAGGAAGGUGCAUAUAGUUAUGUAGUUAUGUGUAUAUUCGCUGAGCAAAAUGAUUGUAGAGUCCAUGAAUUUUUUUUCUUUAAUUUCAAGAAGAGGCCUUCACAGUCUCUCAAGUAUGGGAUGGCUGUGGACGAAUGCUGUCAAUUCAGCUAAGUGCUGCCUGGAUGUUGCUGUUUGAUUUUUGCUCCAUACUUAACUAAAACAACUACAGAGUUAAUGUAGAUAUAUGUUGAAAUACUUUCCCCUUCCCCAACAGCAGUUCCUUCCACAGACAGUAACUAAUGGUUUCUUCUUUUGGGGAGAGGGCGGCAUAGAACAUAGAGGCUUGAACCAAAGACCUCUGCAGUGUUGCCACACUCAUGAGGAUGAAUAGUCUUUUCCCCCUACACAGAGGGCCAAGGGCUUUAAGCUCUUUCCUUGACCAUGUUAUCGGCUUUACAAAUUAACACAACAGGCUAGUUUGAUUCUGUUUGAAGUACAGGAAGGCAGAAAUGGAGAAUUAGAAGAAUUACUCAUCUUUUGGAUGAGUGGUUUCCAAAUCCCACUUGGCACGUCACUCUAGACUGGUGAAGGGGAGGCUGGCACUGAGUCCACAGACCCAGCUGGCUCUAGGACAUUACGUUGUUCAGUCUUUUGCUUAUCUAAUCAACAUUUGUGUUCUUACCCAAUGUUCAUUAGGUCAGCACAUAGCCACUUCCCCACCCCACAAAAGUUCCCAGUUAGGCCCAUAGCUGGGAUCAUCCAGUAUCCAAGCUCAGGGAUGAAGGGAGGGAGCAGCUAACUAGUCUGAACUGGUUAGUUGGUAUAUAGGUCUUUUCUCAAUGUUCCUAAGGUGCAAACAGUGACAUCCCCCUCCAGGCUUGGCUCUGUGAUUCUGAGAGGACUAAAACCAGGAUAGUCAGAUCUGUGGUCACAUCCUGCCCAUUUCCAGCUCGGAGGUCCAUCAAACCGUCUGCUUCUCCCUUGGCAAGAAGCUCCAUCUGCCUGAUAGCAGGGUCAGUGGCCAUCCUUUUCUACCUUCAGCUAUUGUGCAUCUCCUCUUUUUCUUGGGGUAAAGGAACAAGCAGAUUCUUACCCAAAUGUCCAACCUAUAAAGAUGAGAAAGGCCUUGGGAAGAGGUAUUAGCCAAGUUUUCAGUGCGAUGCCUGGCAGAUAGAAUUUGUUGAAUUUGUCUUAAGCUUAUUAUCCUCCCAGGUCAUAGAAAGAUCUAAAGUCCAAUCAAUCUCCUUACUCAGAAUUCACACCUUUCCCCUCGAACUUAAAAUGUCCAUGCCAUUUCACAAGUACCCAUAACUACUCAUGGUUUAGAUACCUCUCCUCCCUUUGUCUCAGUAGAGCACUCCGUUCGUCUAGAAAUUGGCAGCAGUUCCUACUUAAACUGAUGAAUGCUUUGAGCUUCGAAGGUAUCUCAUCCCUAUGCCCGCUGCCCUGAAGCAGCUGGAAGGAAAGGCCUCACUCAACUACUGGAAAGAAAGCCCGUAAUUCAAGGCUUUUAAUAUAGUCACUACACAAGUGCUCCCUCUGAUUUAGGGGAUCUUGUUACUUCCUCAUCUACAUGUGCUUAAAGACAAAAGGAAACCUAUAAUUAUUCAAUUCACCUGUGGUCCACAUAAGUCUCACAUCCAGCCAUUACCCUGAGAGGGCAGGAAGCCAGACUUUGAACUUUCCACAGCUAGGUCUUCAUUCUACUAGUGAGAUGAACUGGUACAGAUUAGGGUGAUAGUUCAUUUAAGCAAGCGGAGGAGCUGGGGAACUGUAGACCUUCCUGAAGCAUCCUCCCAUAGAAAGGAGAUAAGGGCCUUAUCCUAAUUGCCUGUACACAACAGAUCGGUACUUCUUUCCUAGACAAGGCUGAAGGGGGUCAACAUUAUUUCUGAAGACUUCAUUAUUGGAAUUCUAUUUUUACUGGGAGUGAUCUCACUGAGCUAUUUUGGAAUAGAAAUGUGGCUAGUUGCCUGAUCUCCCUCAAUGGUUUCACGUGGCUUUCAAAGGGAAGGAGGGGCAGUGCUGACUUUGGUAAAAUGGGCAAAAGGGUCCAUGCCAGCAACACAAUCACUCAAAGUCCAGAUGAGGGAUCAGUAAAUACAAUGUGCCUGAAAGGUGGCCCUUGAGCACAUUCCUCUGGUAGACAUUAACUUAUUAAAUUGAUUCUGAUUACAAAUAUAAACUUUGCCCCCAUCUCACCUGGUAACAAUGCAAGAGUCAAUGUGAGUCUAUAAAAGGAAGUAGGAACUGUCCCUGGCUUUCAGGCUCCAACAUCCUGCCUCUGUCAAGAUGUGGCACCUCAAACUUUGUGCAGUGCUCAUGAUCUUCUUGUUGCUGUUGGGCCAGAUAAAUGGCUCCCCAAUACCAGAAGUGAGUUCAGCAAAGAGAAGGCCACAGAGAAUGACCCCAUUUUGGAGAGGGGUUUCCCUCAGGCCCAUUGGAGCCUCCUGCCGGGAUGAUUCUGAGUGUAUCACAAAGCUAUGCAGAAAAAGACGUUGUUCCUUAAGUGUGGCCCAGGAAUGAAGUACAUACCAGGGGAAGAAAGGAUAGCAGUCAUCUCUGACAAUGCUCCGUUCUAUGGAAUAUUGAUUAACUGCAUUUUGGCUGGAGACAUACAAGUGAAGCAAUCUUGUAUUUUUAAUAUUUAAAGGCAGAUGUAUGCUUUAAAUUGGUCUCCAUUUCUUCUUAGAAUGUUGAUAUAUGGAUAAGCAUAACUAAACUUGUCACUUUAGAGUUUAUUUUUCUAUGGAUACUAUUAAAUGUCUCAAAUUGAAAUUUUA